UCAAACUGAGCUAUCGCGUCGCGUCUCGUCUGUCAGAACUAGCCGUCCACUGAGAUUGAGGAUGUCUUAUUAUGCGAAUGGGUCUUCGUCGUUCCCGAUGCUCGACUAUUCAGACGAAGACGAUGUUGAAGGCUCGGAGAUACCUCCCGACAAAUGCCAGCUUUGCGAUGGCAAGGAUGAUCUAGAGAAAGUCAGGCUUUGUUUGUCACACGGAGACUACUUCACGGCAGACAACCCAUUGCCAUGGCUCGAAUCGCUCAAGCUCAUACCAAAGACAUUCGGUCGAAACCACCCCGGGAACCGCAUGAUGUUAUGUAAGCCUCAUGCAGAUGCCUAUAGAAAAGACGUGUGGCGUUGGUUUCCCAGCGCUGACGUCCGGUCCAGAAUGAGGCACACUGAGGCAACGACCGUCUGGCGCUUAGCAAACGACCUGCAAGGAGCAUCCCCCGGCCCAGAUCCGAAAGCCAUCGGCAACGCGACUGGCAUUAGGGAGGAUGGCACACUAGUGGAUAGACUGGACUCAUCAGAUCGCCCAAGCUUCGAUGUUCUCAUCUUCAUGCCGCAGCACAUGCCCCCCAUCCCAAAUGUUAUCCUAGGUGGCGAGCGGACUGGCGUUCGCGUCAUACAGCGUUUCAAACAGCUCGCGCUGAAUCCUUACGUGGUCUUCGCUGUCGGGUUACGAAUGCUCAAUUCUGUGUAUGUCCCGCUGCCAGACACGAAUUUGAAGUCGAUCGAGCAGGAAUGCCUGGACAUUCGCGCGGGUUGGAAUGAGAUGGGCUUAAUGAUCUCGUAUAGCAAUGAACCCCUGCCACAUGCCUGAUAAUUGUACUGUACAGCGUCGCAGAUAGCUUCAUUACAGCCAAGAUUGAAUACAGACUAU